UGUUAUUAUCGGAGAUGUGACACAUCCAGCUUCAAAGGUAGGUGGCUAUAGAGUUUUACCCGUCCUAUUUUAUGAUAUAAUUGAUACAUCGUAUCUUGACUCUACGUACUAUUCGUCACACAUACCUCCCAUUUAUAUCAUACACAUAUUUAUAUUUAUAUUUAUAUUUACACGUUCACUUCAUCACAUACACUGUAUACAUACAUACCUCCUAUCUAUCUAUCUACCCAGCAGCAAUGCGUCUCCCCUACGUCCCCAACCCGCCGCAGCCGGCCUCGGAAGACGAAGCCGCCAUCGUAGCGCGCAUCGCGGCUCGUCGGGCCCCGCGCCCCUUACAGGCGCUCGAUCUGACGCUACUACACUCGCCACCCAUCGCAGACGGUUGGAAUAGCUUUCUGGGGGCGGUGCGCACGAAGACGUCGCUCGACGACCGGACGCGCGAGAUUGCGAUCUGUCGGGUUGCGGUGUGUAAUGGGGCGUGGUACGAGUGGGGGCACCACGCGCCGCUUGCUAGGGCGGCGGGGGUUAGCGAGGAGGGGAUGGGGGUUGUGGGGAGGGAUGUGUUGGUGUUGGUGGAGGAGGAGGAGGGGGGAGAAGAUGGGGAUGGGGAUGGGGAUGGGGAGGAGAGGAGUAGGAAGGAGGCUGAGAGGGCGGGGCUUGGGGAGAGGGAGUGGGCGGUGUUGAGGUAUGCGGAUGAGAUGACGAGGAAUGUGCGGGUGUCGGAGGAGGUGUUUGGGGCGCUGAGGAGGGUGUGUAGCGAGAGGGAGGUUGUGGAGGUUACUGCUACGGUUGCGGCGUAUAACUGCGUCAGCCGGUUUCUGGUCGCGUUGGACGUUGGCGAGAAAAAUGGUACUGGUCCUGAUGCUGGACAUUGA